CCACCUUCUCCCCACACGUCUCUCUAUUCUCAUGUCAUCUCAAAGCCAACCUCACAGGGGCAGGAGCUCUCAGUCCCUGGCACAAGCAUGGGGCAGGGGUGGGAGGUGGGUUUGCUGUGAGCGGUGCCCGUCACAGGCCACAGACAGUUCUGCUGCGAGGCCGCUGCCCUCCAUCCUUCUCAACCUCUGUGAUGUCACACUGGGACUUCUUUCCUUCCACCCUGGGCUGUGGCUUCCGAGGCUGCUGUGGCCAUGGGGCUCCUGGAGCCAGCAGGGGCGAGGGAGCCUAGUGGCUCUGAUCUCCCCUGCCGGCGCGGGAGGUCCAGCCAUGCCACUCUUGAAGGACGCAAUGCCUCUCAUGAAGGAGCCCCAUCCCCCGCCUCAGGCUCCUCUUCCAUGGAUCCUCCCCAGCCUGUUUGCAGCCUUCAAUGUCGUGCUGCUGGUGGUUUUCAGUGGCCUCUUCUUCGCAUUCCCUUGCAGGUGGCUGGCCCAGAACGGGGAGUGGGCCUUUCCCCUCGUCACAGGCCUCCUCUGUGUCCUCACCAUCUUCAGUCUGGUUUCGCUCAAUUUCUCAGACCCUGGCAUCUUGCAUCAAGGCUCCAACGAACAGGGUCCCAUGAUGGUGCAGGUGGUGUGGGUGAACCACAGGGCCUUCCGCCUGCAGUGGUGCCAAAAGUGCUGCUUCCACCGCCCGCCCCGGACCUACCACUGUCCUUGGUGCAACAUCUGUGUAGAAGACUUUGACCACCACUGCAAAUGGGUCAAUAACUGCAUUGGUCACCGCAACUUCCGCUUCUUCAUGCUGCUGGUCCUGUCCUUAUUUCUCUACUCGGGUGCCAUGCUCGUGACCUGCCUGAUCUUCCUGGUGCGCACGACCCACCUGCCCUUCUCCAUGGACAAAGCCAUCGCCAUCUUGGUGGCUGUACCCGCCGUCGGCUUCCUGGUGCCGCUCUUCCUGCUGCUGUUGAUCCAGGCCAAGUCGGUGAGCGCGGCCGAGCGCUCCCACGAGGGCAAGUGCCGCUACCUACAGGGAUACAACCCCUUUGACCACGGCUGUGCCAGCAACUGGUAUUUAACAAUUUGUGCACCGCUGGGACCCAAGUACAUGGCCAAAGCUGUCUGGCUACAGAGAAUGGUGGGGUCUGACUGGGCUCCCAUGCAGAACCUUCACUUCCCAAUGUGCACCUCGGUGCUCAAUCCCAGCCACCCCAGGGCCUGUGCCUGGCCCCCAGCUCCAACCUCUGAGUCUCUACAAACCAGGGAAGGUUCCCCCAGGGAGUGGUGAGGCUCCAGCCCUC